AUGCGCUUCGAACUCUCGAGCUUGGCACUUUUUGCCGGAGUUUCUCUGGCAGCUUCUCUCCCUAACACUACAACCUACGAGCGGGAGAUGCGCAGCCUCGAUGAGAUCUAUCAAGCAGCUUUGGCCGAAGGUGGCGUUGUCACUCUUUGGCAUGGCGGCGACGAGAAGACUCAGCAAAACAGUCUGAAGAGUGCCUUUGAGGCACGGUUCCCUAACAUGACACUCAAUGUCACCGUCGACCUGUCGAAGUACCAUGAUGUCAACCUUGACGCACAAUUGGCUGCCGAUAAUGUUUACGUCGACAGCAUCAUCCUGCAGACGCUUCACGACUACCCACGAUGGAAGAAGCAGGGCGCUUUGAUGAACUACGCUCCGUUGAACUUCGACAAGAUCUAUCCUGUGUUCAAGGACGCAGAUGCGGCUUACAGUGGACUGCUUAUUUUUGACUGGGGUAUCUCUGCCAACAUGAACAAAACGAGCACGAUGCCUACUUCGUACCAAGACUUCACAAAGCCCGAAUACAAGGACAAGAUCGUUCUGACCUACCCCAAUGACGAUGAUGCUGUCUUAUACCAGUUCGAACUGAUCAUCGAAGAGCUCGGUGAGGAAUGGUUCAACGCCCUGCUCGCCAACAACCCCCGCUGGGUGCGCGGUACCGCAACUCCCGGCACACUCAUCAAGGCUGCCAACAGCAGCAGCGCGGUGACCUUUACCUCGGGGUACUCAUUCGCAGACCGGCCGCCAGUCAAGUAUGCGCUUCCCAGCGACGCCAAAUUCGUCUCUUGGGCUCAGACUGGCGCCAUCCUAAAGAAAGCACCCCACCCUGAAGGCGCAAAGCUGCUCCACAGCUUCAUGCUCAGCGACGAGAACCAAUCUAGCCGUGGCUGGAGCGUCCGUGAGGACAUCGCAGCACCAGAAGGCGCCGAGACGAUCCUGCAGCAGCCCGGUACGGAUGCGCCUGCGUUUGCUGAGUUCAUGGCAGACCGUGGUCAUGUUGAGAGGCGGAGGGACUUUUAUGAGAUCAGGAUUGGUACCGCGCAGGGCCUUAGCCCGCUCAUUGACGACUUGUGA